GGCUGACAGGAACGGUGAGGGGUUCGAAGUUGCCUUAUGAGCCACGAUUGGUGCAUUUGAAAAGCUACCGGUGAUUGUUUCUAACCUCAUGAAAGUAUUGUUUGGUUAAUUCGGCUGAUGCGUGGAGGCUUGCAGUAGCUAGUUUUAUUAUUGUCGGCUGCGACGGUGAUUGGGCCCGUCUGUCAUAAUGACAGAAACGCAACAAAAAUCGAAAUGUAUUACUCUAAAGGGUUCCGCGGAGUUAGUCGCUGAAUACUUGCAUUUCGGGAUCAACAGCAUACUUUAUCAGCGGGGUAUAUAUCCACCGGAAACAUUCGAACCGGCGGAACAUUUUGGUUUGUCAAUCCUUGUCUCUACGGAUGAAAAGAUAAAAUCUUUCUUAAACACUGUCCUCGGUCAAAUCGAAGAAUGGUUACUACAAAAGAAAGUACAAAAGGUAACGCUUGUCAUAACUAAUGUAAACACUAAAGAGGUACUUGAGAAAUGGGAUUUCAAAGUUGAUUACGAAGGAUCAACUCCAAAUGGCACCGCCACCGGCAACAAAAAUAUAAACCACUUAGAAGUUGGCACAAAGGAUACGAAGACCAUUCAAAAAGAGAUCCGCGAAGUGAUACGUCAGAUAACAGGAACAGUCAGUUUUUUGCCGCUACUCGAUUGUCUCUGCUCCUUUGAUAUACUGACAUACACAGUUCCUGAUUGUAAUAUACCCACCGAAUGGGAUGAAACCCAGCCAGUAUUUAUCGCCAACAGCCAGGAAGUGCAACUCAGGACUUUCUCUACAUCCAUUCAUAAGAUGCAGACCAUAGUUAGCUAUAAAAACGAUUGAUACCAAUGAUACAGUACGCUUUCGUACACAAGUGAUUAUUAUUGUAAUUUUUAUUCUUCAUAUUCAUUCAAUUGUAAUUAUACUCCUUCAAUUGCAUCAUAUUUUGUAUUAGACUGUAAUGGUCUCCUUGAUUGAUAAAGACAACAAUAAUUUUUCAAAUAAAUGUUUUUAUAUACUUUCA